GAACACUGCUACAUUAUUGCCUCCGACUACGCCUCCUCCUGCCGUGAUGUUGCUCGACUUGUCCAAAAAGCUCCAGCCAGAACCCUUGUCAUACUCUCUUCUUCAGGGAUUUUUUCUUUCAUUUGGCGCAAUUGUCCUACAGAAGACGACUAUUACGACUCUCUCAUCACCGCUAGCCACGAUAUUUGGUCUGUCCCCCAAUCAAUUCGCAAUCCUUCAAGCUAUUCUUAUGUAUGCAAACGAAUUGAAAUGCUCGAGAGCCAGAGAUUGCGCACCACAAACUUUGGAUUAUUCCGCGUUGCAUGGUGGGAAGAGGCGGCAAAAGAAUGCUGUUUAUAUUCAGAAAAAUGCAUUUACAGAUUCCCAGCAAAUGGUGGCGGUGACUAUACCUCUCUCCUUAGAUUUAUCCUCUUUGAUGUGUCAAAUUCUGCCAAUGCUAGCUUGUUUGUGCUAUGGUCGAUUACGACAUCAAUCCUAGCGAAUGGAACAAUGAUAUUUUCUCCAAAUCUUCCGUCUGAAUGCUUUCUUUCUUGGCCUAUCGAUGAUAAUCGAACUCAUAAUAAGACCACCUUGCCUGAGGCUGAUCAUCGAGCUAAUGAUAAACCUACAACGUCCACUGAUUUAGAUUACUCCAAAUGUCCAAAUAUGAUUAAACUUGGGGAUUUAUUUCGAAGUGAAUCUGAUCACGCUGAAACCACAUUUUCAGAAAGCGAGUGGGAAGUUAUUGAUGAAGAAAUAAUUUAUUCUGAGUGCAAAGGCGCUCUUGAACCUGGCAUUAUUAAAUCUGGCCAAAUUAUUAGAUUUGUUGAUUUAGAUUCCGAGUGUCCCAUUGCACAGAUCGGGCCGGCAGUAUUUAAAGGCACUUAUACAGACACUGUAGGCACGAUUCUGUGUUUUGCUAAGACAUCUAAUCUAACUAACGCUGAAGAAAUAUCGCUCAAGGACCAUAAUGUCGUCACUUGUGGAAAAACACCAAAUCAGUUUGAGCAUUCAUUUAUAAGCUGA